GUUUUGGACCCAGAGACAUUAAUAAUGAUUUUUUGACCGUCAAUAAUUCUGAAAUGAACCAAAGUGUUUCAAAAUAGCUUGAAUGAGGAAAGCUCUGACCAAUCAGGCCAAUGAUCACCCAAAAAUAGUAAGAAAAUUAAAUUUGAAAUCCCUGGAACUAGUCUCAAAAGAAGCAGCUUGACUAAAGAAGAUACUAGGGUGGCAAGAAUGCGAAAUUUCUAUUCCAGAGCUAAAGCUAAAACAAAAGGGGUGAAGAAACCAUCAAGGCAGAAGAGGUGCCGGCUGCAGACUUUGAAAAGAAGUGCUACUAAUGUGAGAAAGAAAUCCUGUCUUAGGAAAAAGAAGGUUGCUAAGUCCUUGAUCGAGGAACUUGAAGACUUUACGCCAGUUCCUUGUGAGAAGAUUGAGUCUAAGAUUGAUUACUACUUCUCUCCAUAUAAUAAAGAAGGAAAUGAAAAUGCUCAUAAGCUCCAUUAUAACUAAGCAUAUGGAAUUUGAGUCUGACAAACCAAUAUCCUCCCUCCUUGCAGAAGGGAAAGAUUCAGGUGGAUGGAAGAAGCUCAUGAACUUUAUAACUAAAGAGGACCAAGUUAUAUUCAGGCGAUCACUUAAAAAGAUCAAUAACCAGUUAUAUUCCAGAUUAAGAAAAAUUAUUUCGAAAAAUCCAAGGAACAAGUAUUUUCAGCUUCAGAGAUCGAUAGGAGUAGCUGAUCCUAUUUUUAGUGACUCGUCAGAGAGUAAUAGUCCUGUUAAGAAUGCAUUUAUUAACCAUAAUCGGAUCAGCUUGAACUUCAGCUCAAUGCCAAGGUGAAGCAAAGCUUAUGGAAGCUUCAUAAGUCACAAACCCUCAGACAAUCAGAUUGAUAAAGUCUUAAUGAACAUUCAACAUGAAGAGAUGAGCACUCUUAUCGGCAAAGCUAACCAAGAUCUAGCUGAAAAGGAUAACAAGAAGAAGGAAGAAACUUUUAGUAUUAAUUUCGAUGAGCAAAUGGCCAUAAUAAAGGAAAGAAGUCCUCGGAAGCAUUCUUCCUUUAAGCAUAGAAAGAAAGCUCAGCUACUAUCUAAAAAGAAUAAGGAUGAUAUAGCUGCUUAUUGAUAUCUCAAAAAGUCUUCGUUAAGGAGAAAUAUCAAAUUGUUUGAGCCAGUAGAAAUUAAUAGGUCUAUUGUAAAUUUGGAUACGACCAAGUGCAUGAAUGAACAUGAAUCUUCUUUAAAAAGACCCAUUUCUAAAGUUCAAACUUUAAAAACAAUGCACUCUAGCUGUAACAUUAGCGUUGAUGACUCUACUAAGCAGCAAUCCUUCUACAAACAGUCGCAGUUAAUCCCAGAUUCAGAGAAACUAGUGGUCAAUGGAAGGUAUAUCAAGGCGAUGCAGAAACAGUGUCAAAAGGUGCUUCACACCGCUACGAAAUCUUUUAAAUUACCGAAGAAAGCUAGAGGUUUACAAGUUAUUAAAAAAAGGAGGAUUAAGAGAAAGAUGUUCCUGGCCAAGACAUACCAAGAUCUCUAACCACAUUAAUUGGUAUCCAACCGAUUUGACCACAUUUAUCUAGUACCGGGCACUAAUUAUGAUAAUCUUGCAAUAUUUUUAGAAGUAGAGUUUGAAAAUAAUAUACUUAAUGCUUCUAGCACCUUAGAUGUCGUCUUAAGGAGCCUGAUACUUCACCGAUGUGGACAGUGGUUAAAUCCAGCUAAGAUUAAAGCCUUCUAGUUUGAUUUCUUUGGUUUUAUAAAUAGUUCG